CAUACGGAGAAGCGCUCAAAACCAAACGAUUUCUCUACGCCUCCGAGAACGCUGUCCCUCUUCUCUCUCUAUUCACGCUGUCUUACAUUUCAUCAUCCACCGCUCCCCUCUCGCCACGUGCCUCCUGCCCAACUGAAGAUUGACGAUUUUGGCGUUUGAUUUUUCCUUUAUUGCGCUCGUGGAGUGAAGACGAAGGCUCUGUAUAUAGUAGCGAGGCCAUGACAGCCUUGUGUUCGAGCUAAUCAAACGGAGAGAUUAGAACCGAGGAAGGCACGUAAAUUUCCUUCCCCGAUCGAGGAGGCCAAACAGCAAUGUCGGAGUCUGGCCAACAGGCCCUGGCGAGGAGGCCGUCUCGCAGCGCCGCCAUGACCACAUUCUCGACGGAGGUCUUCGACACCGAGGUCGUCCCCUCGUCCCUUGCCUCCAUUGCUCCCAUCCUCCGCGUCGCUGCCGAGAUCGAGAACGAGCGCCCUCGCGUCGCCUACCUCUGUCGAUUCUAUGCGUUUGAGAAGGCGCACAGGUUGGAUCAGAGCUCCAGCGGGCGUGGCGUGAGACAGUUUAAGACUGGGCUCCUGCAAAGAUUAGAAAGGGACAAUGCUUCUAGUCUUGCCUCUCGGGUGAAGAAGACAGAUGCAAGAGAAAUUGAAAGCUUUUAUCAGCAAUACUAUGAACAAUAUAUUAGAGCUCUUGACCAGGGGGAACAGGCAGACAGAGCGCAACUUGGAAAAGCUUACCAGACAGCUGGAGUGCUUUUUGAAGUGCUUUGCGCAGUUAAUAAAACUGAGAAAGUUGAAGAAGUUGCUCCCGAGAUUAUCGCGGCCGCCAAAGAUGUCCAAGAAAAGACUGAAAUUUACGCACCUUAUAACAUUCUUCCUCUGGAUUCCGCCGGGGCUUCACAGUCUAUCAUGCAGCUUGAAGAGGUUAAGGCUGCUGUGGGUGCUCUGUGGAAUACUCGUGGCUUGAGUUGGCCCAGUGCGUUUGAGCAACACAGGCAGAAAGCAGGAGAUUUAGACCUUCUUGAUUGGCUAAGGGCCAUGUUUGGGUUCCAGAGAGACAAUGUCAGGAACCAGAGGGAGAAUUUGAUUUUGCUUCUUGCUAAUGCUCAUAUAAGGCUUCAUCCCAAGCCUGAACCUCUUAAUAAGCUUGAUGAACGUGCCGUGGAUGCAGUUAUGAGCAAGCUCUUCAAGAAUUACAAAACAUGGUGCAAAUUUUUGGGACGAAAACACAGUUUACGGCUCCCUCAAGGUCAUCAAGAGAUACAACAAAGGAAGUUGCUAUACAUGGGUUUAUAUCUUCUCAUUUGGGGCGAAGCGGCUAAUGUUCGCUUCAUGCCAGAAUGUCUUUGCUAUAUAUUUCAUAACAUGGCAUAUGAACUCCAUGGCCUAUUGGCUGGAAAUGUCAGCAUUGUCACUGGUGAAAACAUUAAGCCUUCUUAUGGUGGGGAUGAUGAGGCUUUCCUGCGGAAGGUUAUAACGCCCCUGUACCGCGUAAUUGAAAAGGAAGCCAAGAAGAGCAGAAAUGGAAAAGCUACUAACUCUGCUUGGUGCAAUUAUGAUGAUCUGAAUGAGUAUUUCUGGUCGUCUGACUGCUUCUCUCUCGGUUGGCCCAUGCGUGAUGAUGGUGAUUUUUUUAAAUCAACACGUGACAACGCAGUGGGAAGAAAGGGUUCUAGAAGAAAAUCUGGAAGCACAGGAAAAUCAUACUUUGUAGAGACCCGAACAUUUUGGCACAUUUUUCGAAGUUUUGAUAGAUUCUGGACCUUUUAUAUACUGGCUCUACAGGCAAUGGUCAUCAUUGCCUGGAAAAAGGUUGAACUAGUGGAUAUACUUCAAGUGAAAGUCCUACUCGAUCUGUCCACUAUAUUCAUCACAGCAGCAGUUCUUCGUUUCAUUCAAAGUAUUCUGGACCUCAUUUUGAACUUCCCAGGAUAUCAUAGGUGGAGGUUCACUCGUGUGCUGAGAAAUAUUCUCAAGAUAAUUGUUAGUCUCGCAUGGGCCAUCAUUCUCCCAGUUUUUUACUUGCAAACCUCUAAAAUGGUCCCUAAAAAAAUUAAAGAUAUGUUGUCAUUUCUUGGUGAGGUGAAAGGCAUUUCUCCUUUAUAUAUCCUGGCUGUUGCCAUCUAUUUACUUCCAAAUUUACUGGUAGCUGCUUUAUUCAUCUUUCCAAUGCUCCGACGUUGGAUCGAAAACUCAGAUUGGCAUAUCAUUAGGUUCCUCUUGUGGUGGUCACAGCCAAGAGUAUAUGUUGGAAGGGGAAUGCAUGAAAGUCAAUUUGCUCUGAUAAAGUAUACUCUUUUUUGGGUGUUACUUCUGGUUUCCAAAUUUGCAUUCAGCUAUUUUAUCCAGAUAAAACCUCUGGUGAAUCCAACAAAAGACAUAAUGAGUAUUCGUCGUAUUGACUAUGACUGGCAUGAAUUUUUCCCAUAUGCUAAACAUAACUAUGGAGCAGUUGUGUCACUCUGGGCACCAGUAAUCUUGGUCUAUUUCAUGGACACUCAAAUUUGGUAUGCCAUUUACCAAACUUUAUAUGGUGGUGUUCUGGGGGCCUUUGAUCGUCUAGGAGAGAUACGAACACUUGGCAUGGUAAGGUCAAGGUUCCAGUCCUUACCUGGUGCAUUUAACACAUAUUUGGUGCCUUCUGAUAAGUCUCAGAAAAGGGGAUUCUCUUUAUCAAAACGUUUUGCUGAGAUAACGGCAAGCAGGAGAAGUGAAGCUGCCAAAUUUGCUCAGUUAUGGAAUGAAGUGAUAUGUAGUUUCCGUGAGGAAGAUCUACUAAGUGACAGGGAGAUGGACCUUUUGAUAGUUCCUUAUUCAUCAGAUCCUAGCCUGAAAAUAAUUCAGUGGCCACCUUUUUUGCUUGCUAGCAAGAUCCCAAUAGCAUUGGAUAUGGCUGCUCAAUUUCGAUCCAAGGACUCUGACCUUUGGAGGCGCAUAUGUGCGGAUGAAUAUAUGAAAUGUGCUGUGAUUGAAUGCUAUGAAUCAUUCAAACAUGUCCUGAAUGCCCUAGUGGUUGGUGAAACCGAGAAAAGGAUAAUGGGCAUCAUCUUUAAAGAAGUCGAAAGUAACAUUUCAAAGAAUACACUUCUUGUAAAUUUCAGAAUGGGCUCUUUGCCUACACUUUGCACUAAAUUUGUGGAGCUUGUGGGGAUCUUGGUUAGUUUUUACAGAAAAAAAGACAGCGAUCCAUCCAAGAAAGAUACUUUGGUGCUUUUGCUGCAAGACAUGUUAGAAGUAGUUACUCGUGAUAUGAUGGUGAAUGAGAUACGUGAACUGGUAGAAGUUGGUCAUAGUAGCAAGGAUUCUGGAAGGCAACUUUUUGCUGGCACUGAUGCGAAACCUGCUAUAGUUUUUCCUCCUACAGUCACUGCACAAUGGGAAGAACAGAUAAGACGUCUGUAUCUACUAUUGACGGUGAGGGAAUCUGCUCUUGAUGUACCAACAAAUCUUGAAGCACGUAGAAGGAUUGCAUUUUUCACAAACUCAUUGUUCAUGGACAUGCCACGUGCUCCACGAGUUCGUAAAAUGCUCUCGUUCAGUGUCUUGACUCCAUACUAUAGUGAGGAAACUGUCUAUUCUAAAGCUGACCUUGAGAUGGAAAAUGAAGAUGGUGUAUCAAUCAUCUUUUACCUGCAAAAGAUUUUCCCAGAUGAGUGGAAUAACUUCAUGGAGCGACUAAAUUGCAAAAAAGAUAGUGAGAUAUGGGAAAAUGAAGAGAACAUAUUGCAGCUUCGUCAUUGGGUCUCCUUGCGGGGACAAACUCUCUGCAGGACAGUUAGGGGAAUGAUGUAUUAUCGGCGGGCUUUGAAGCUUCAGGCUUUUCUUGACAUGGCUUCCGAAAGUGAGAUACUGGAAGGCUACAAAGCUGUCACAAUUCCAUCAGAGGAAGAUAAGAAAAGUCAGAGAUCCCUAUAUGCUCAAUUAGAGGCUGUGGCUGACAUGAAAUUCACAUAUGUUGCUACCUGUCAGAACUAUGGGAAACAGAAGCGGAGUGGAGAUCGCCGUGCAACAGACAUUCUUAAUUUGAUGGUUAAUAAUCCCUCUCUUCGUGUGGCAUAUAUUGACGAAGUUGAAGAGAGAGAAAGUGGAAAGGUACAAAAGGUUUACUACUCUGUAUUGGUCAAAGCUGUCGAUAAUCUUGAUCAGGAAAUCUAUCGGAUAAAAUUGCCGGGCUCAGCAAAGAUAGGAGAAGGGAAGCCUGAAAAUCAGAACCAUGCUAUAAUUUUUACUAGAGGGGAAGCUGUUCAGGCCAUUGACAUGAACCAGGACAACUACUUGGAAGAAGCUUUUAAGAUGCGUAACCUUCUGGAAGAAUUUAACGAGGAUCAUGGAGUGCGUUCACCUACAAUUUUGGGUGUUCGUGAGCAUAUCUUUACUGGAAGUGUAUCUUCAUUAGCUUGGUUUAUGUCAAAUCAAGAAACUUCAUUUGUUACCAUAGGUCAAAGAGUUCUUGCCAGACCUUUGAAGGUUCGGUUCCACUAUGGUCAUCCAGAUGUAUUUGAUAGAAUCUUCCAUAUUACCCGUGGUGGAAUCAGCAAGGCUUCUCGUGGCAUCAAUCUGAGCGAGGACAUCUUUGCCGGUAGCAUUUUAAAACAUCCAUAUUCUCAGAGAUUCAUGGUAUGUGCUUUAUUUCUUAACAUGUGCUUUGCCUAUGCAGGUUUCAAUUCAACAUUAAGACGAGGGAAUGUUACUCACCACGAGUACAUCCAAGUUGGAAAGGGUCGAGAUGUCGGGCUCAACCAAAUCUCACUCUUUGAAGCAAAAGUGGCCUGUGGUAAUGGAGAGCAGACACUGACCAGGGAUCUCUAUCGAUUAGGGCAUCGUUUUGACUUUUUCCGCAUGCUGUCUUUUUAUUUUACGACAGUAGGAUUCUAUGUCAGCUCAAUGAUGGUUGUCAUCACAGUCUAUGUUUACUUAUACGGCAAACUUUACUUGUCAUUGAGUGGAUUGGAGAAGGAAAUAGUUAAAUUUGCCAGGAACAAGGGACGCGAUCCUCUAAAGGCAGCCAUGGCUUCACAAUCCCUUGUUCAAAUUGGUCUUUUGAUGGCCUUGCCCAUGGCCAUGGAGAUUGGACUGGAGAGGGGGUUCAGAACUGCAUUAGGUGACAUAAUAAUUAUGCAGCUGCAGCUAGCUGCAGUUUUCUUCACUUUUUCCCUUGGAACAAAGGUCCAUUAUUUUGGGCGCACCAUCCUGCAUGGAGGGGCGAGGUACAGAGCAACUGGGCGUGGUUUUGUAGUCCGGCAUGAGAAGUUUGCGGAGAACUACAGGCUAUACUCAAGGAGCCACUUUGUGAAAGGGCUGGAGCUUAUGAUAUUGCUUAUAGUUUAUAGGAUUUAUGGUUCAGCAGUUCCAGAUCCUACAUCUUAUGCCCUCCUAACAUUCUCCAUGUGGUUCUUAGUGGUUUCUUGGUUGUUUGCUCCUUUCCUUUUCAACCCUUCAGGAUUUGAAUGGCAGAAGAUAGUGGAAGAUUGGGAUGAUUGGGCAAAGUGGAUAAGCAGCCGAGGCGGUAUUGGUGUACCAGCAAACAAGAGCUGGGAAUCCUGGUGGGAUGAGGAACAGGAACACAUGCAAUACACUGGACUUUUAGGAAGGUUCUGGGAGAUCAUUCUUUCACUGCGCUUCUUUCUCUAUCAGUAUGGAAUUGUAUAUCAUCUACAUGCAGUAAAAGAAGAGAGGAGCAUUAUUGUUUAUGGUCUGUCAUGGCUGGUCAUUGUAGCUGUCAUGAUCAUCUUAAAGAUUGUUUCCAUGGGUAGAAAGAAGUUCAGUGCAGAUUUCCAGCUGAUGUUCCGUCUUCUGAAGUUACUCCUUUUUAUUGGAUCCAUAGUCACUGUUGUCGUGCUCUUCACUGUUCUUGAUCUCACAGUUGGAGACAUCUUUGCAAGCCUGCUGGCCUUCAUGCCAACAGGAUGGGCACUUCUGCAGAUAUCACAAGCAUGCAGGCCAUUGGUGAAGGGCAUUGGAAUGUGGGGAUCUGUCAAAGCUCUAGCAAGAGGUUAUGAAUACCUUAUGGGGCUGGUAAUCUUAGCGCCUGUGGCUGUACUGGCCUGGUUCCCAUUUGUUUCAGAGUUCCAAACCAGGCUGCUAUUCAACCAAGCUUUCAGCAGAGGGCUUCAGAUUCAACGAAUUCUGGCUGGUGGCAAGAAGAACAAGUAAAACCCACCCAUACAGCGUCAUCUUUACAGAAAGAAAAGAGAAAAAUAGAGUUCAGGAGGAGAGAAGGGUUGUCGAGGGAAUUUAGUGAUGAAACAGAGAACAUCGGUAAAUGAAAACGCAGCAUGCGGACGAAUCUUGCAGCUUACGGAAACUAUCAGUUUUUUUUUUUUUUUUUUUUUAAAAAAAAAAAAAUUGAUUCAA